AAUGAAACGCAUCAGUUCAGAUUCUAUUCCAACUGGUCCAAUCAGGAGCUGAUCCAGGUUUUGUCCUGGUGUCUCAUCUUUAACCCAAUGAUCAGUGAUCUUUAAAAAAGGGUCUUCUAUCAAAUGUUCGGUUUGAGCAGCACGUCACUCUCAACCAGUAUUAAGGCAGCUGAUGGACACAGUCCCUCCAAAGUGUCCUGGGAUGUCCUCGGGACUCUUUCAGGUCAAAACACUUCCCCAGGGAGGCGUCCAGGAGGAAUCUGUACCAGACACUGGGCAGCAGUUUUCAGUUCUUAGCAGUACUCUGUGGAACUAAAUAUUCCUGAAAUGGCAGUAGGCAGUUCUAGAAAUGUUUUUGUGGUGUAUGUAUACAUGUCUCCUCUAGGUGAGAUUAUUAGAAAGCAUUCUAUUAAUUUUCAUUUUUACGCAGAUGAUACUCAGCUAUGUAUGUCCUUGGAACCAAAUGAAACAGAUCAACUAGUCAAAAUUCAGGGUUGUUUAAAAGACAUCAAAUCCUGGAUGUCCAAAAAAUUCCUUCAACUAAAUUCAGAUAAAACUGAAAUUCUUAUUGUUAAAAAUCUGAGAGAGACACUAUUGAGUCAGAUAGCCACCCUGGAUGGCAUAACAUUAGUUUCAGAUUCUACUGUGAGGAACCUUGGUGUCAUCUUUGACCAGGAUCUCUCUUUUACAUCAUACAUUAAACAAAUCUCCAGAACCGCCUACUUCCAUCUUAGAAAUAUAGCUAAAAUCAGAAGCAUCUUCUCUCAGAGCGAUGCAGAGAAACUGAUUCAUGCAUUUGUUACUGUACCUCUAGGCUGGACUACUGUAACUCCUUACUCAUAGGAUGUCCUAACAGCUCCUUAAAAAGCCUACAGCUUAUUCAAAAUGCUGCAGCCAGAGUUCUGACAGGACUUAGAAAGAGAGAUCACAUUUCUCCUACAUUAGCUUCUCUGCACUGGCUGCCUGUGAAAUGUAGGAUAGAAUUUAAAAUUCUCCUACUCACAUACAAAGUACUCAAUGUUAAAGCUCCUUCUUAUCUUAAAGACCUCAUAGUUCCUUAGGCUCCCAGCAGAACGCUUCGUUCUCAGAGCGCGUUCCUAGAGUUUUUAAAUGUAGAACGGGAGGCAGAGCUUUUAGCUACCAAGCUCCUCUCUUCUGGAACCAGCUGCCUCUUCAGGUUCGAGAAGCUGACACACUCUCCACCUUUAAGAUUAGGCUUAAAACCUUUCUUUUUGAUAAAGCUUAUAGUUAGAGAUGGUUCAGGUCAUUGGCAAUGAUUGUUAGUCACAGGAACCAUCUCUUAGUUAAGCUGCAAUAGACAUAGACUGCUGGGGGACUUAAUUUAUACACUGAGCUCCUCUGUUUCCUUCUACCUCUUCUGUCCAAUAACCUCCCAUCGUUGUUCCAUGUUCAGCUAACCUUGUCUCUUUCUCUCCAGUAGUUGUGCUCCUCUCCCGCUCUCUCUCUCUCUCUCUCUCUCUCUCUCUCUCUCUCUCUCUCUCUCUCUCUCUCUCUCUCUCUCUCUCUCCCUUUCCUCCACUCUGUCCUCACCUACAGGUAUCAUUGGACUUUAAGUUUGGUGUCUGUGAUGGGCAGCUGCAGAUCCAACCAUCCUGCCUGUAUCCAGUCCCUGGUCAAACUGUCCCGCCGGUGCUCUGCUGUUGCUUGUUGUUGCUUGUUGUUGUUGCUGUGCUUUUCUCUCUCUCUCUAUCCCCUCACCCCAACCGGUCGAGGCAGAUGGCCGCCCACAUCCAGCCUGGUUCUGCUGGAGGUUUCUUCCUUGUUAGAGAGGGAGUUUUUCCUCUCCACUGUUGCUGUCAAAUUAAAUACUUGCUGUAUGUGGGAUUUGUUGGGUUUAGUUGUGUGAGGUCUUAAACCUUACUUUGUAUAGUGCCUUGAGAUAACUUUGUUGUGAUUUGGUGCUAUAUAAAUAAAAUUGAAUUGAAUUGAAUAGAAUGUCUUUGAUGUAGACCUUCAAAGAUGACAUCAGGGUUCCAGCAUUAUCGUCAACCAGACCUAUGUGGAGACUACUACUAAAGACUACUAUGUAGUUUGAUACAGUGUGAGCUUCCUCAGAGACCAGCCCCCUGUUCUGCCCACAGAUUCUACUGAUGAAUGCUGUCACUGAACACAAUCUCCUCAUAAACUGACCUCUGGCUACAAGCCGCUAACUGUCUGACCCAGUUGGCUUCUCCCCGUUUACUGAACAUGCUGAUUCUAGGCUGUUCCAGGCCAGUUGAUGCAGGUCUAAUCCUGCCUCUGCUCUUGGUUGUGGAUCAGCAGGGACCCGUGCUCUUUGAGGAUGGACCUAAUCCUGAUCAAGAUUAACAGAUCAGCUUCAACGCAGCACAGAACACACACAGAGAAGCGUCACAGGAAGCAGAUAGUCUUAUUGAGAGAAACAGAGUCAAACAGCUGUGAUACAUCGAUGUGAUUCAUCUAGGAAGGCACAACAUUGACCCACAGAACCUGAAACAUCAUGGUAAACAAAAGCUCAACAAUCCAUGUGAAAAUGGUAAGAACCCAGAUCAUCAUGCUCUUAGUUUGACUUAUUAAAGAUAGUUAAUGUUGUGUUUGACCCAGAGUCCUCACCAGGUCAUCUGGCUGCACCAGUGAUGAUAUCAUCCUUGAGGAAGUAGCUUCAUCCUCUCAUCACAGAGUCUGGAACAGAACCAAAGUUUCUCCUGAACCUCAAACAGGAUUAAGAGAAUCAGCUUCCUGUCCCACCAGACUCUCUCUGUCCUCUCUGUCUUGUUCAUCCUUACAUCAGCACUUUCUGCAGCUUCAGGAUCCUUGAUUGAGUUCAGGAAUUUUGCUAUUGGUAUCAACCCAAAAUGUAUCUCUGAGCUGCUGAUAUCACAGGCCAAACCUGAAGUCAAGAUCCAUCACCAACUGUCUUUAACACAAACUUGGAUGCAGGUUUUUCUUUGUGAUCUUUAAAGAUGCACCUUCCCAGGUGGUUGAUAGGGGCGUGUCUGUGGUUGCUAUGCAUCACAGAUGUCUGGGGGGCAACCUUUAAACUGGCUCUGGUUGGUCCGUGGUCAUGUGACCCCCUGUUCUCUCGGGCAAUGCCAACAGCAGCAGCAAACCUGGCGCUGUCACGGCUGCAGAGCGACAGCGCGAUGAGCCGAGGCUACUGGUUUGAUGUCAAAGUACUGGAUGAGGACUGCUCUUCCUCCAGAGCUCUGACAAAACUUGGGGAAAUGAAGGGUUAUGGUCACGCCUACAUUGGACCGUUUAACCCGGCCCUGUGCAAAGCUGCCUCUUUGUUCACUCAGCAGUGGGAUGUAGGACUGUCCUCACCAGGCUGUCUGAACGCUGAAUGGCCAAACCUUCCACCCAUUACCCCUCCCAGCAUUGUCCUGUUCACGUUGCUCAAGUUCUUCCGCUGGGCGCAUGUUGCCAUUAUUUCAGCUCCAACUGACCUCUGGGAGAGCACUGGACAGGAAGUGGCAUUGGCACUGCGAGCUAUGGGACUGCCCAUUUAUCCGGUGGUUACCAUGGAAACAAAGAACAAUGAUGGAGCUCGUGAGGCACUAAAAGUGGUCAGACAAGCAGAAAAAGUGAAAGUGGUCAUCAUGUGCAUGACCUCUGCACUGAUUGGUGGAGAGCACCAGGGAGAGCUCCUAUUGGCUGCUUUAGACAUGGGAAUGAUUUCUGAUGGUUAUGUGUUUAUACCCUACGACACGCUGCUGUACACCAUGCCGUACCAGGACACAGUGUUCCCUCAGCUUACCAAUAGUACACGGCUACGCCAUGCCUAUAGUGCUGUCCUGACUGUUACCAUGGCGUCGUACCAGAGUUUCUAUGAAGCUUUUCGUUUGGCUCAAAUUAGCCGAGAGAUCCGGUCCGCCGUCCCUGCUACUGAGGUAAAUAUCAGAUACACAAUAAAUAAAUAA